CAGUUCAGUUCGCGAACACCUGAGCAGAAGAAGAUGGACUUUGAGAGACGGCAGUGUGUUGAAAACUUCUCCAGCUUCAUGUAGAGCAGAAAACACAGCUUAAAAAACAGAAAACCCGGCAGAAUGCCAGCACUUCAGCGAUGGAUGUAGUUUUAUCGAUCUGUCUGUGUUUUCUCCUCAGAGCGCUGUCAGCGUCAUCUGCUGAUGGACCGCCUGAGCCGCGAGACGUCCACUUCUACUCGGAGAGUUUGAGGAACGUGGUGAAGUGGACGGCAGGACACGGAUCUCCCAGCGACACCGUCUACACUGUGGAGUACGCCAUUUACGGGGAUGCGGAUGAGAAGAUACCCGAGCAGGUGAGAUGGAGGCCGGUGGAUCAGUGCAUCUCCGUCUCUCAGACUGAAUGUGACGUGUCUCAGGAGACGUUUGACCUGCGGGACGAGUACUUCGCAAGAGUCCGCGCUACCAGCAAACACGGGCAGUCCGUCUGGAGCGAGAGCAUCGGCAGAUUCAGACCACUGUCAGACACGGUUCUGGGAGCGCCGCUGGUGGAUGUGACUGUGCGGCAAAACCACAUCGACAUCACCCUGAAGGGCCCAUUCAGGUGGAGGAUGAAGAGGAUGAAGAAGGAGAAGUCGCUCUGGAAGAUCAUCCCAAACAUGAUCUAUAAGGUGUCCGUCUUCAACAGCAGGAGCAAUCGCACCGAUGUCUUCAGGCUGACCAAUGGGAGCUUGAGUCUGGGCGAGCUGGAGUUUUCCACCCAGUUCUGUGUGGUCGCUCAGGCCCAGUCUGAGUCUAUCCCGCUGUCCUACAUACCCAGCCAAAAGCAGUGCGUCCACACACCCAAAGACCCGUUCAGAGAUCAGCUGCUGGCUGCCAUGCUGGGCGGUGUGCUGCCGUCUGCCCUCUGUCUGUGUGUGAUGGCUGUGCUCGGGGCUCUCAUCCGCUGCUACAUCACUGACCACAGACAGAAACUGCCCAAGAGCACACUGGUUCAACUGAGCGAAAAGCUUCAAACGUUCAAACCAGAGGUUCCUCAGACGGUCAUCUUUAACAUCAAGCUGGAUGAUUCCUCAGUGCUGCGUCCUGCUCUGCCGCUGCCGUUCUCUGUUGAAGACUCUUCAGAGGAGCCUGUGAACGCCGUCCCGCAGCCGGCCGGAUCAUACGCUCAGCAGCAGCCUCUGCCCCCGGCCGGGCCCGCUUCCCUUUCAGGAGAUCUGCAGGACGGAGAUUCGCUGAGUCUGGACUCUGAGCCGCUAGCAGACCAUCACAGCGAGGCUGGAGAUUACGCUUUCGUCAUCCGGGCUAAGGUUGACCACAGUGAAGUCGAGGUCAGCCAGUACAGGACACAAGGCCACACGGCAGACCCGCAAGACCACCAUAUUGAAGAGGAGGCGCAGAUUUUCGUGGACUGGAGCCCAGAGUCUGGAGAACUGAAAAUCCCUCUCAUGGGUUUGCUGGGUCUGGAGGACGAGUCGGGGGUCCAGACUGAAGCGGUUUCACUCCUGCCCAACCUGAUCCUGACGCAGACCUCGGUGGACGGCUGCGAACAGGAGGACGAUUUCAGCAUGAUGGAGCGAAACUGGGGCCUCGUAAUCCACUCCAGCCCUGAAUGAACACCGUAACGCCACUGAAGCCAUGUCCACACCCUCAUGAGCACUUCACAGAGUUCCCCUCAUUUGCAGAUUAUUUUGCUUGUUUUAAGGAAAACACUCUUAUUACUGGCAUAUUAUUUCUGAAAACAGGACAGUAUGUUUUGCUCGUCUAGAAAAAGCUUCUUGAUUUAAGACUUUUUAGAUAUCUGGACUAGAAACAAGACUAAAACUAAGUAAGAAGUGUGAGGAAAUCACCUUUACGGUGUACGAAUGAGGCGAUAUAAUGAAGGAUUGUGAUAAAUAAUGAAGGAUUCUCAAUAGACCGUUUCUGCUUGAGCUGACUGCGAAUAUGAGACUCAAGCAAAGACCUUCAGCUUCAGUAUUACACAUCAUUUACUGAAAAAAGACGUCCAAAACCUGAAGCGUUCAAAGCUGCUGUGAAGCUCAGCUUCGUUGGCUUUUAGUUGCGGAAGUGUGUUUUGACAGCAGGGGUCGCUGUUCCAGCAGAUGAAACACACAAUAUUUGAUUGAACACCUCUAUUUUGCACAAAGAAUACUGAAAUAUCUGUGAUGGUCAAACCUUUGCUGCUUGCUUAGAGCCAUAUCUCUGUGACUGUCAGUGAUUUUUCUAAUGGAAAUGCCCUUAAUACCUUAAUAGUGGACAAAUUAAUCACAGUUCAUGAACAUUAGAAACACGAGACAGCGCAACACUACUGAACAAACCUCUGUUUUUAUCCACGGAUGAAGUUUAAAAUGGUGUGUGUGUGUGUUGAACGAUGUAAAAAAAAUAAAGAAUUAGUUUGAGUCUUGGAAGGAGUUAUUUUAUACAGUGUUGUGUGUUUAAACUACACCAAAUGCUUACUUUUAUAUUGAAGUAUUAAUGUAUGUGGUUGUGAGUGAAUUAUGUGGACGUUUCUGUGAUGAUGAUUGUGAAAAUAAGAGCUUAACUCUUUCAGCUGCAGGUUUACUUCUAUUUUAAUCACUACAUGUCUGUCAGUUUUUGAUCCGACAAAACAAUAAAUCUUCGAACUUUGA